GUUAAUUUUAAACCUGGACAAGAUGGCGGAAGGGGACGCGGCUCGGUGCGGGCAGCGAGUGGAGCCGCCUCGGCUGCAGCCGGACUUGGCAGUGGAAAAUUAUGUGGAUGCAGAAGAGAAUGCGUUUUUGGAUUCUGAUGAUGCAGUUGUUACAGAGAAGCCAUGUCCAAUACAGAUUGUUCUUGCUCAUGAAGACGAUCAUAACUUUGAAUUGGAUGAGUCAGCAUUGGAGAGAGUCUUGCUUCAGGAACACAUAAAAGAUCUCAAUAUAGUAGUCGUUUCUGUUGCUGGUGCAUUCCGUAAAGGCAAAUCCUUUCUCUUGGACUUCAUGCUUAGGUAUAUGUACAACCAGAAUUCAUCCCUUUGGAUAGGAGGAAACCAUGAUCCCUUGAUUGGGUUUACAUGGAGAGGAGGAUGUGAGAGAGAGACAACCGGCAUACAGAUUUGGAGUGAAGUGUUCGUAAUUGACAAGCCUGAUGGCACAAAGGUUGCUGUAUUACUAAUGGAUACCCAAGGUGCCUUUGAUAGCCAAUCAACUAUCAAAGAUUGUGCAACUGUAUUCGCUCUGAGCACCAUGACAAGUUCAGUCCAGGUAUACAAUUUAUCACAGAACAUCCAAGAAGAUGAUCUUCAGCAUUUGCAGUUGUUCACAGAAUACGGAAGGCUAGCUAUGGAAGAAAUUUACCAAAAACCAUUUCAGACACUAAUGUUCUUAAUUAGAGAUUGGAGCUAUCCUUAUGAACAUCCGUAUGGCUUAGAAGGAGGAAAACAGUUUCUAGAAAAGAGGUUGCAGGUAAAGCUACAUCAGCAUGAAGAACUCCAGAAUGUAAGGAGGCAUAUUCAUUCGUGUUUCAGUAAUCUUGGCUGUUUCCUGUUGCCCCAUCCUGGUCUUAAAGUUGCAACUAAUCCAGACUUUGAUGGACGGCUAAAUGACAUUGACGAAGACUUUAAGGGGGAGCUACAGAAUCUGGUUCCAUUGCUGCUUGCCCCUGCGAAUCUGGUAGAAAAAGAGAUCAGUGGCUCGAAGGUGACUUGUAGAGACCUUGUACAAUAUUUUAAGGCUUACAUUAAAAUCUAUCAAGGAGAGGAACUACCUCAUCCUAAGUCAAUGCUCCAAGCAACAGCAGAAGCCAACAACCUUGCUGCGGUAGCUGGAGCAAAAGAUACUUACAACAAAGCAAUGGAACAGGUUUGUGGUGGUGAUAAGCCUUACAUUGCUCCUGCGGACCUUGAACAAAAGCACCGAGAACAUAAACAGGUUGCUGUAAAACAGUUCCGUUCUGUAAAAAAGAUGGGAGGUGAGGAGUUCUGUCGCCGUUACCAGGACCAGCUUGAAGAAGAACUUGAUGACAUCUAUGCAAACUUUGUGAAGCACAAUGAUGGCAAAAACAUCUUCUAUGCUGCUCGCACCCCUGCCACACUCUUUGCUGUCAUGUUUGCCAUGUACAUAAUCUCAGGACUGACUGGCUUCUUCGGCAUGAUCUCCAUAGCUACCCUAUGUAAUCUUGUGAUGGGGUUAGCUCUUGUGUCCCUUUGUACUUGGGCAUAUGUUAAAUACUCUGGGGAAUUCAGAGAAGUUGGAACACUCAUUGAUCAACUUGCUGAAGUAUUAUGGGAACAGAGGAGUCCCAAGAAGGUGAUAAAACCUCUGGGGGAUAAUUUGAUUGAGGAUACCAUGAGACAAUCGGUUACAAACUCUCUCAAAGCAGGCCUGACUGAACAGAUGUCUCAGCAUGCCAGAUUAAAGACAGAUUGAUGACAGUUCCUCUCCAUCUUAUCUGCCUGCCCAUCUUAGACUUGCUUGCUGUACAAUGAGAACUCAAUAAACCAAAGUUUACAUUCUACUGUAAAGAAGUAGUUUAGUCUGACUGGCUUCCCAACUUGCUGCUGUCAUCUAGUGGGAGGGGAUGUGGGAGGAAUGUACAUUGGCUUUUAACACUUUCUCCUCGGUUUUGUUUCUAAGAUGCAACCUAGUGCCAUGGAGAUGGGAAAGAGGAAUUUUAACUGAUACUGGUGAACUGAGUGCCCAGGGGAGGUGGCAUAGUCUCUGUCUUAUGGAAACAUGUCCACUGCAAAGGAUAUUUCAGGGAAGUAAUUAUAAAGCUUACACACGGAAAUCUUUUACCAGAAUGUAAUGUAGCCACGAUGUUCCAUAGAGCAUUUUAACUUUGUGAACACUUGGAAGCAGUUUAACAUGGUUCCAGCUGAAGCUGUGAAGCCAUGUUUGAGCCACUAUAUUUAGCUAUUCCUUGCUUUACUGCCUUUUCUGCCAGUAUUACCGAAAUGCAUGUGAAUCAUUCUCCACAGAUUACAUUUUAGAGGUAAUAAUUAUUAACCAAGGAAGCUAUUUUCAAGUGUACAUUUGUCUUGCCUUUUAAAUUUGGAGACCUUGUCCUACAGGAAAUGCAUAUCAAACAAAGCUGUCUUCUUCUGCAGUCUUAGCCUUCAUGUAUAUACAAUAUGCCAUUAAUAUUACUGAGGGGAGAAGAUCCAUCCAAAAACAAAGACCGUUGCCUACAGCUUCAGAACAAUGAGUUAGAAUUGUCUGUACAGAGUGUCUAGUUAUUUUUUAAGAAACCACAGGGCAUGUAUAAAAUAUAAAUAUAUAAAUAAAAUUUUGUAUCAAAGUUUUGUAGUUUAUGGCAAAACCUGGUUCUGUGAUAGGCUAAGUACGGUCCCUGUAAAGGAAUGUUUGUGGGUCAUGUAAAUGUGUGAAUGCAUCAGAACAAUUUGGAGUUUUUUGAUAUAUUUGUGAUAUUUACCUGCCUUGAGCACUGCAAUCUCACUCCAUGGGAAAUCAGUGGGAAUGUUUGUUGUGAAAUUUUUGUCUUUGGUUGCAUUUUAAAGUUAUUUCCUGUAAUUUAUUUUCUAGUACAUGAUUAAAAUUGUGUAUAUAUGAAAUUAAACACAAGUUUGUUCUUCA